CACCCAUGGGGCGGCGGGAGCGCGGAGGGCUCGGUUCGGAGGGGGCCGGGAGCCCGGGCGCCCUGGAGUGAGGAGGACCGGGAGCUGGCUCUGGAGGCUGCGGAGGCGACGCCGAAGAGAACGAAGCCUCGGCUGGGAGCGGAUCUUUCGAAGAUGGUUUGGCUGCCUUGGAGAUUUGGAGAUCUGAUGCCACGAUGAGGACUCACACACGGGGGGCUCCCAGUGUGUUUUUCAUAUAUUUGCUUUGCUUUGUGUCAGCCUACAUCACCGACGAGAACCCAGAAGUCAUGAUUCCCUUCACCAAUGCCAACUACGACAGCCAUCCCAUGCUGUACUUCUCCAGGGCAGAAGUGGCGGAGCUGCAGCGCAGGGCUGCCAGCUCGCACGAGCACAUUGCAGCCCGCCUCACGGAGGCUGUGCACACGAUGCUGUCCAGCCCCUUGGAAUACCUCCCUCCCUGGGAUCCCAAGGACUACAGUGCUCGCUGGAAUGAAAUUUAUGGAAACAACUUGGGUGCCUUGGCAAUGUUCUGUGUGCUGUAUCCUGAGAACAUUGAAGCCCGAGACAUGGCCAAAGACUACAUGGAAAGGAUGGCAGCGCAGCCUAGUUGGUUGGUGAAAGAUGCUCCUUGGGAUGAGGUCCCGCUUGCUCACUCCCUGGUUGGUUUUGCCACUGCUUAUGACUUCUUGUACAACUACCUGAGCAAGACACAACAGGAGAAGUUUCUUGAAGUGAUUGCCAAUGCCUCAGGGUAUAUGUAUGAAACUUCAUACAGGAGAGGAUGGGGAUUUCAAUACCUGCACAAUCAUCAGCCCACCAACUGUAUGGCUUUGCUCACAGGAAGCCUAGUCCUGAUGAAUCAAGGAUAUCUUCAAGAAGCCUACUUAUGGACCAAACAAGUUCUGACCAUCAUGGAGAAAUCUCUGGUCUUGCUCAGGGAGGUGACGGAUGGCUCCCUCUAUGAAGGAGUUGCGUAUGGCAGCUACACCACUAGAUCACUCUUCCAAUACAUGUUUCUCGUCCAGAGGCACUUCAACAUCAACCACUUUGGCCAUCCGUGGCUUAAACAACACUUUGCAUUUAUGUAUAGAACCAUCCUGCCAGGGUUUCAAAGGACUGUGGCUAUUGCGGACUCAAAUUACAACUGGUUUUAUGGUCCAGAAAGCCAAUUAGUGUUCCUUGAUAAAUUUGUCAUGCGUAACGGCAGUGGUAACUGGCUAGCUGACCAAAUCAGAAGGAACCGUGUGGUGGAAGGUCCAGGAACACCAUCCAAAGGGCAGCGCUGGUGCACUCUGCACACGGAAUUUCUCUGGUAUGAUGCCAGCUUGAAAUCGGUUCCUCCUCCAGACUUUGGCACCCCUACACUGCAUUAUUUUGAAGACUGGGGUGUCGUGACUUAUGGAAGUGCACUACCUGCAGAAAUCAAUAGAUCUUUCCUUUCCUUCAAGUCUGGAAAACUGGGGGGACGUGCAAUAUAUGAUAUUGUCCACAGAAACAAAUACAAAGAUUGGAUCAAAGGAUGGAGAAAUUUUAAUGCAGGGCAUGAACAUCCUGAUCAAAACUCAUUUACUUUUGCUCCCAAUGGUGUGCCUUUCAUUACUGAGGCUCUGUAUGGGCCAAAGUACACCUUCUUCAACAAUGUUUUGAUGUUUUCCCCAGCUGUGUCAAAGAGCUGCUUUUCUCCCUGGGAGGGUCAGGUCACAGAAGACUGCUCAUCAAAAUGGUCUAAGUACAAGCAUGACCUGGCAGCUAGUUGUCAGGGGAGGGUGGUUGCAGCAGAGGAGAAAAAUGGGGUGGUUUUUAUCCGAGGAGAAGGUGUGGGAGCUUAUAACCCCCAGCUCAACCUGAAGAAUGUUCAGAGGAAUCUCAUCCUCCUACAUCCACAGCUGCUUCUCCUUGUAGACCAAAUACACCUGGGAGAGGAGAGUCCCCUGGAGACAGCAGCGAGCUUCUUCCACAAUGUGGAUGUUCCUUUUGAGGAGACUGUGGUAGACGGUGUCCAUGGGGCUUUCAUCAGGCAGAGAGAUGGUCUCUAUAAAAUGUACUGGAUGGACGAUACUGGCUACAGUGAGAAAGCAACCUUUGCCUCAGUGACAUAUCCUCGGGGCUAUCCCUACAACGGGACAAACUAUGUGAAUGUCACCAUGCACCUCCGAAGUCCCAUCACCAGGGCAGCUUACCUCUUCAUAGGGCCAUCUAUAGAUGUUCAGAGCUUCACCGUCCACGGAGACUCUCAGCAACUGGAUGUGUUCGUAGCCACCAGCAAACAUGCCUACGCCACGUACCUGUGGACAGGUGAGGCCACAGGACAGUCUGCCUUUGCACAGGUCAUUGCUGAUCGUCACAAAAUUCUGUUUGACCGGAAUUCAGCCAUCAAGAGCAGCAUUGUCCCUGAGGUGAAGGACUAUGCUGCUAUUGUGGAACAGAACUUGCAGCAUUUUAAACCAGUGUUUCAGCUGCUGGAGAAGCAGAUACUGUCCCGAGUCCGGAACACAGCUAGCUUUAGGAAGACUGCUGAGCGCCUGCUGAGAUUUUCAGAUAAGAGACAGACUGAGGAGGCCAUUGACAGGAUUUUUGCCAUAUCACAGCAACAGCAGCAGCAAAGCAAGUCAAAGAAAAACCGAAGGGCAGGCAAACGCUAUAAAUUUGUGGAUGCUGUCCCUGAUAUUUUUGCACAGAUUGAAGUCAAUGAGAAAAAGAUUAGACAGAAAGCUCAGAUUUUGGCACAGAAAGAACUACCCAUAGAUGAAGAUGAAGAAAUGAAAGACCUUUUAGAUUUUGCAGAUGUAACAUACGAGAAACAUAAAAAUGGGGGCUUGAUUGAAGGCCGGUUUGGACAGGCACGGAUGGUGACAACUAUUCACAGCAGGGCCCCAUCACUGUCUGCUUCCUAUACCAGGUUGUUCCUGAUUCUGAACAUUGCUAUUUUCUUUGUCAUGUUGGCAAUGCAACUGACUUAUUUCCAGAAGGCCCAGAGCCUACAUGGCCAAAGAUGUCUUUAUGCAGUUCUUCUAAUAGAUAGCUGUAUUUUAUUAUGGUUGUACUCUUCUUGUUCCCAAUCACAGUGUUAGCACUGAAGCUAUAAAUUACCUGGUCAUUUUGUGAUCACAAGAGUCUAUGCAAAAAAAAAAUUUCUUUACCCCAGAUUAUCAGAUUUUUUUCCCUCAGAUUCAUUUUAACAAACUAAGGGAAGAUAUUUUGACACAAGAAAGCAGGAACAUGGAGAAAUCGGAGCAGGAAAAGAAUUUAUCAAAGCAAUAGAAAUAGCUUGGUGGUCCUAUGGUGUUUUUGGAAGUAUUUGGCAUUGCUAAUUGAGCAGUCCAUAUAGUACUACUUUUAGAAGAAACAAAAAGUCUGUUUUUUAAAGUAAUGUUUUUUCUUAUGAGAAAAAGGUUUAGAUAGAAUUGGGUUUUAUUAAUAUUAAUUUAAUGCUAUUAGCAAUUUCCAUAUACUAUAUUAUGGAAAAGACUGAAGAAUACAAUUCUGAGAAAUAUAAAAAAAAUUUUAAUGGUAUAGUCAUGUUGAAAGAUAAAUGUUGCUAAGUCCUGGUAUGAUGGUGUCAGCUUCCUUGGGGACGUACUUCUUGAGUUAUGUAACUAACAGGAUCUUUUACUACAGAUCUGGAUGGCUAUUCAGAUAACAUAGCAAAAAAUGAUAGCAGAAGAUCAUUAAAAACUUAAAAUAUAUUUUAUUAGAAAACAUUUAUCUAUGAAUGAAUAUUUCCUUGAUGCUGAUCUCUGCACACAUAUACUUGGUUACUUGUAUGCAUUCAUUGGUUGUUCAAUAAGUGAGAUGAUUACAGAUAACUUAAUACUGUAUUUUCCUUAUAUGGAAAACCGUUGUAGACCCAAUAACAACUAAACCUUUCAAAAUAAAAUAUUUUCUAUUAUGAAUGUUGAUUUUCAUACCAAAGAAGAUGGAGAAUCUAAAAUUUGGAUAUGAUUCUUAUGUUUUUUUAAUAGAAAACCUUCUUCAAGUUUAUUUUCCUAAAUAAACAUCAUAAUUGUGAA